AUGAGAUUAUGGCUUGUCGAUGAUGGUAAAUCAUCGAUUCCCGUUUCACUGUUCUGUUCAUCGGUGAUUGUUUCGUUUCUUUAUCGUGUUCUUAGUAUUUGUGAACAGAAAUCGACGAUUCUUAUCCAUGAUUGUUAUAUAUUUUGCUCAUCUGUUCUGGAAUCGAUCCUUAUAAUUGUGGUAAUGAACUCAACUGAUGAGCUGUUUGAUCUUGAAAUCAAUUUAAAGAAGUGGGAUUUGGUCUUUAUGAUGUGCUGGGUUCCGAAUGGUCAAUUUAAAUCACUAGUUGUUUUGUUAACAUUUGUGAAACGAGUUUUUGAAAUCGAAUUGUUGGUAUCUCUAAACUCGAAGUGCUUUCAAUCGGAACAGAAAUCAAAAUUCCAUUUCAAAAUCAAUUUCGAGUAUGGGUAUGGAAACGAAAGUUAUGAAAUCGUUUGGAAUGAAAGAUGA